UCCUAUAACCAGCAGCGGUUUAUUUAUUUUUAUUGAGAUGCUAUUUAGAUGCAAAAUGCAACGUAAAUCAGACUCCCCGGACUAAACGGGAUGCUGAUGUUCUGCGUAGUGUGGAAUCUGCCGAUCUGAACUCCGCGCUGAGCUGCAUGUGUGCUACUUCCGUGUUAGUGAGUCGGUGUGAGAGGACGAGAAGUUUGAGCCCCGCGUCAGUGUGGGGAUUUAUCUGACAUUUUCGACGGGAUCUUCUCUUUAGAAACCGCAGACGCAGAAACGAGCCGUGUUUGCCUCUUCACCGGGAGGACCGCGCGAUCCGAGCCAUGGAAGCGUAUUUAAAGGCGGUUGUUAGGCGGAUCUGAUAGAUUAGCACAGCUGCUAACACAAGCUCUUCAUCACAUCAGAUCACAACUCGAGGCUUUUAUUGACGACUCCUGAGCCUUUCUAGGGAUUAAUGUAACGUUAAUCGGUGUGCGUUAGGAUGGUUGUGUGCGGUGGAUUCGGUGUGAUCCGGACGAGAUCGGUCGCUGUGUGAACACACAGACGGUUAACUUAGCUGUGCUAGAUUAGCGCUCGACGAGGCUUCAGAUGUGUUGUUUUGUGUAACACCGGGAUUGAGACGCGAGCGAUAAGAGCGGGAUCUUCAAUGCCGAACCCGGAGGUCGUGUCCCGCGACGGCCGUGGGAGAAGCCCGCCGCAGAGGACUCCGAGGGGGGCGAGACGGAGCAAAAGUCGCCGAGAGAGAAACCGGGGGAAGCGGCCGGCCUCGUCCUCCUCCUCCCGGAGACAGAAGCACCAGCACCGGGAGAAGCAGCAGCACGAGGCGCUUUACGCCGGAGCAGUCCGGACUUUAGUGGAGUACGACGACGUGAGCUCGCAGUCCGAGCGCUUCUCCGGGAGUCCGUCGCCCAGAACCGGCACACCGCCCGCGAGCGAAGCCGAGCUCCGGGACAGAAGCGAACACGACUCCUCUCGGAGGAGAGACGAGAAGCAGAUGAAGAGGAACCGGGAACGGGACGCGGCGUUAAAGAGGAAUCACGACAGCAACGGCAGGAAGCCUUCCUCCGCGGCCCAAGCCGACAAAAAAGACUCGAAACGACUUAAAAGCAAGUCCAAAUCCCAGAAGGACCCUCCUUCCGCGUACAGGGACCCGCCGCAAGCUUACCGUGACGACUACCGGCGGAGCAGCCCGAGCUUCAGAGCGGCGGGUGACGUCAGUCCCUUCGCGACGGCCUACUCCUACGGACACCAGUCUCCGAACACGAACUACCCGUUUAUAUCCAGGAGGAGCCCGUCUAAGAGACCGUCUCCGAGCUCGAGCUGCUACGCGCGGGAUUCAGAGCUGUACGGUAAUUACACCGUGUCGAAGAGGAAGCGCUCCCCGAGCAGCCCGCGCUGGCGGCGGUCCCCGAGCCACGAGCAGAGCGAGGUCCAGCGCUCCAGGAGCCCCUACCGACAGAGCCCUAGCCCCAGCCCGGAGCCCAGGCGGACGGGAAAGUCUCGCAGCAGGAGCCCGUACCAGUCCUCACGUCACUCUCGCUCACGCAGCCGUCACAGACUCUCACGGUCCCAGAGUCGGCCCUCCAGUCUGUCCCCCAGCUCCCUGACCCUGAAGAGCAGCCUGGCCGCCGAGCUCAGCAAGCAGAAGAGAGCCAAGGCUGCCGAAGCCGCCCGCAUCAGCGCCUCCACCCCUCAGCCCAGCCCCGUCACCAACCACACCACCAAGAAGACCAGACCCCCCUCACCGCCUCCGCCCGGGGCCGAGAAGGGCCCCAGAACCCCGGCGUCCAGUCAGCCGCAGUCUCCUGUGGAGCGACCCGCCAAGAGGAGCUCAGACGCCUCUCAGUCCAGCAGAGAAGCCAAGCUGAAGGAGGAGAAGAAGAAGGAGCGAGAGAAAGCAUCUGCUCCAGCCGUAGCCUCUCUUCCUCUGACACACAACCAUCUGGAUCACCUGGACGGAGACGACAGCAGUGUCUUGAAGGAGUCUUCAGCGAUCACAGGGAAGAAGAAACCCGAGAGGAAAGCCCGUCAGCUUCUGGCAGACCUCCCUCUUCCUCCUGAGCUCCCUGGAUCGCCCCACAGCCCGCCCGAUGACAGGAAGAUGCCCGUCCCACGCAAGAGACCCAAAAUAUGUGGCCCACGCUUCGGAGAGAUCAAGGAGACGGAGAUCGAUUGGGGAAAGCGGUGCGUGGACAAGUUUGAGAUCAUUGGGAUCACUGGAGAAGGCACUUAUGGACAGGUGUACAAAGCCAAGGACAAAGACACCGCCGAGUUGGUGGCCCUCAAGAAGGUCCGUUUGGACAACGAGAAGGAGGGCUUUCCCAUCACAGCCAUCAGAGAGAUCAAGAUCCUGCGGCAGCUCAACCACAAGAGCAUCAUCAACAUGAAGGAGAUCGUCACUGACAAGGAGGACGCCUUAGACUUCAAGAACGACAAAGGGGCGUUUUACCUGGUGUUUGAGUACAUGGACCACGAUCUGAUGGGUCUGCUGGAGUCAGGUCUGGUGCACUUCAACGAGAGCCACAUCAAGUCUUUCAUGAGGCAGCUGCUGGAGGGACUGGACUACUGCCACAAGAAGAACUUCCUGCACAGAGACAUCAAGUGCUCCAACAUCCUGCUCAACAACAAGGGUCAGAUCAAGCUGGCAGAUUUCGGAUUGGCUCGUCUGUAUAACUCUGAAGAGAGCCGGCCGUACACUAAUAAAGUGAUCACUCUGUGGUAUCGUCCGCCCGAGCUGCUGCUGGGAGAAGAGCGGUACACGCCAGCCAUAGACAUGUGGAGCUGUGGGUGCAUCCUGGGAGAGCUUUUCACAAAGAAGCCCAUCUUUCAGGCCAACCAGGAGCUGGCUCAGCUGGAGCUCAUCAGCCGUAUCUGUGGCAGCCCGUGCCCCGCUGUGUGGCCCGACGUGAUCAAGCUGCCCUACUUCAACACCAUCAAACCAAAGAAACAGUACCGGCGGAGGUUAAGGGAGGAGUUCGCUUUUAUUCCUCUGAUGGCCCUGGAUCUGUUCGACCACAUGCUUGCGCUGGACCCGAGCAAACGCUGCACUGCAGAACAAGCUCUCAGAAGUGACUUCCUCAAAGACGUGGACCCCACCAAGAUGCCCCCCCCAGAUCUUCCUCUGUGGCAGGACUGUCAUGAGCUGUGGAGUAAGAAGCGGCGGCGGCAGAAGCAGAUGCCGGAGGAGCUGAGCGCUCCUAAAGCCCCUCGGAAGGAGCUGGGUCUGGACGACAGCCGCAGUAACACCCCGCAGGGUUUCUCCUCCGCCGGAGCACAUAAGGGUGCGAGUGCUGCUGCCACUGCAGCCCUGCUGGACCCCAAAGCCCCCAACUCACAGCUGACCCCCGAGCAGCUGGCUGUGCUUCUGAACCUCCUGCAGUCCAAGAGCGCUCCGGGGGGAUCCAAGCUGAGCCUGGAGACGCUUCAGCAGCUGACACAGGCCUUGCCCCCCGGACCGCUGGAGUCGGAGAGACCCCCGGAGCCGCCUCCGCUCCCCAAACCCCCUCAGCCGCCCCGAACACCACCCAUGCCCAAGCCUCCUUCACCUCCAUCCCCGCAGCCGCUGGGAGACACACAGAGCGCCGUCACCAUGCUCCUGGCUCAGCUCCUCACGGUCCAGCAGGAGAAGACCCCAGCGGAGCCCAGCCCUGUAUCUCCAGCGUCUGAAGUCGGCGGCUCGUCCUCCAGACCUCUAGAUCCUCUCUCUAUUCUCCCGCCGGACCAGAGACCCCCAGAACCUCCAGAACCGCCCCCCUGCGCAGACCUGGACUACCGACAGGCCCCCGAGCCCAAUCCGGCUCUGACGUCCUCCACGGCUCCAGGAGAAGCUCCCAGAGCUCCGGAGCUGGACUUCAGCUGCCCCCCGCCGCCGUUCGGCUUCGCUGACAGCUACCUCGGCCACAUGGUGCCCCCUCAGCCUCCUCUCGGCCCCGAGGCCUUCGCUCACGGAGCCGGAGCGCUCUUCAGCGGAGACCAGGACCAUCGCUUCGAGUACAAUCACAGCGCACCGCCUCCUGUUCCUCCUCCAGGACAGGCCUGGACCUCUCCUUCACAGUCCCUCACGCUCGGGUACGGUCCUCACGUCAACACAGUCGCACUUCGGGGCAGAGGACUCCCUUUCUGACGAGAUCCCAGAGGUUUUCCAGACGCCUCGGAAGACUCUAAGGCUGAUGAUACAUGAGGCAAUGUUUUGAGCAAUGCUGUCAGGCAACCUUUGGUUUAAAGGGUUUGUUCACCCACAAAUUAAAAUCCUGUCAUUGAUCACUCGCCCUCGCAUCGCUCCAGACCUGUAAGACGUUCGUUCAUCUUCAGAACACUGAUUAAGAUAUUUCUGAUGAAAUCCGAGAGCUCUCUAACCCUAUAAAAUCAAUCAAUAAAACUCU